AUGGUGACUGCGACAGAUAGAGCAGGAUCGCUUACCACACCUAUCGAAGCGACAGCCAUAGAACCGUCUAUCGGCAGCACGACAGAGUCUGAGCGCGCCUCAGCUGAUACGACUCCUGCUGCUAAAGAAGGAAAAAGAGGAAGCUCGACAGAGGCAACCUCUCCAACAUUAACCACAUCGGAGGGAACACCACCUACGCAACCCACUUCUACAACAGCAGUGGCAGAUGAGAGAUCUAGCGUCACAACGGCGGCACCCACCUCAAUGGUGACUGCGACAGGUACAAAAGGAUACCCUACCACGCCUGUCCAAGCGCCUACCGCAGAACCGUCUAUCGGCAGAACGAGAGAGUCUGAGAGCGCCUCAGCUGAUACGACUCCUGCUGCUAGAGAAGAACAAACAGGAAGCCCGACAGAGACAACCUCUCCAACAUUAACGACAUCGCAGGAAACACCAGCUACGCAACCCACUUCUACAAGAGCAGUGGCAGAUGGGAUAUCUAGCGUCACAACGGCCAAAUCCAGCUCGAUGGUGACUGCGACAGACAGAGCAGGAUCGCUUACCACACCUAUCGAAGUGACAACCGUAGAGCCGUCUGUCGGCAGAACGACAGACUCUGAGCGCGCCUCACCUGAUACGACUCCUGCUGCUGCAAAAGAACACACAGGAACACACAGGACAGAGGCAAAUUCUCCAACAUUAACUACAUCGGAGGGAACACCAGCUACGCAACCCACUUCUACAAGAGCAGUGGCAGAUGAGACAUCUAGCGUCACAGCAGCAAAAUCCAGUUCAAUGGUGACUGCCGCAGGUAAAACAGGAUCGCCUACCUCGCCUGUCGAAGCGACAACCGCAGAACCGUCUAUCGGCAGCACGACAGAGUCUGAUCGCGGCUCAGCUGAUUCGACAUCUGCCGCUGCAAAAGAACACACAGGAAGCACUACAGAGGCAACCUCUCCAACAUUAACGGCAACAGAGGAAACACCAGCUACGCAACCCACUUCUACAAGAGCAGUGGCAGAUGAGACAUCUAGCGUCACAACGGCGGUACCCAGCUCAAUGGUGACUCCGACAGGUACAACAGGAUCGCCUCCCACGCCUGUCGAGGCGACAACCGCAGAACCGUCUAUCGGCAGCACGACAGAGUCUGAGCGCGCCUCAGCUGAUGUGACUCGUGCUGCAAAAGAAGAACAAACGGGAAGCACGAUAGAGGCAACCUCUCCAACAUUAACGACAUCGGAUGGAACACCAGCUACGCAACUCACUUCUACAAGAGCAGUGCCAGAUGAGACAUCUAGCGUCACAGCAGCGAAAUCCAGUUCAACGGUGACUGCCGCAGGUAAAACAGGAUCGCCUACAACGCCUGUCGAAGCGACAACCGCCGAACCGUCUAUCGGCAGCACGACAGAGUCUGAGCGCGCCUCAGCUGAUACGACUCCUGCUGCUAAAGAAGAACAAACAGGAAGCACGACAGAGGCAACCUCUCCAACAUUAACGACAUCGCAGGGAACACCAGCUACGCAAGUCACUUCUACAAGAGCGGUGGCAGAUGAGACAUCUAGCGUCACAGCAGCGAAAUCCAGUUCAACGGUGACUGCCGCAGGUAAAACAGGAUCGCCUACCACGCCUGUCGAAGCGACAACCGCCGAACCGUCUAUCGGCAGCACGACAGAGCCUGAGCGCGCCUCAGCUGAUACGACUCCUGCUGCUGCAAAAGAAGAACAAACGGGUAGCACGACAGAGGCAACCUCUCCAACAUUAACGACAUCGGAGGGAACACCAGCUACGCAACCCACUUUUCCAAGAGCAGUGGCAGAUGAGACAUCUAGCGUCACAGAGGCCAAAUCCAGCUCAGUGGUGACUGCCGCAGGUAGAACAGGAUCGCAUAUCACGCCUGUCGAAGCGACAACCGCAGAACCGUCUAUCGGCAGCACGACAGAGUCUGAGCGCACCUCUGCUGAUACGACUCCUCCUGCUGCAAAAGAACAAACAGGAAGCACAACAGAUGCAACCUCUCCAACAUUAACGACAUCGGAGGGAACACUAGCUACGCAGCCCACUUCUAGAACAGCAGUGGCAGAUGACACAUCUAGCGUCACAACGGCGAAAUCCAGCUCACUUGUGACUGCGACAGGUACAACAGGAUCGCCUACCACGCGUAUCGAAGUGACAACCGCAGAAGCGUCUAUCGGCAGCGCGACAGAGUCUGAGCGCGGUUCAGAGGCAACCUCUCCAACAUUAACUACAUCGGAGGGAACACCAGCUACGCAACCCACUUCUACAAGAGCAGUGGCAGAUGAGACAUCUAGCGUCACAGCAGCAAAAUCCAGUUCAAUGGUGACUGCCGCAGGUAAAACAGGAUCGCCUACCUCGCCUGUCGAAGCGACAACCGCAGAACUGUCUAUCGGCAGCACGACAGAGUCUGAUCGCGGCUCAGCUGAUUCGACACCUGCCGCUGCAAAAGAACACACAGGAAGCACUACAGAGGCAACCUCUCCAACAUUAACGGCAUCGGAGGAAACACCAGCUACGCAACCCACUUCUACAAAAGCAGUGGCAGAUGAGACAUCUAGCGUCACAACGGCGGUACCCAGCUCAAUGGUGACUCCGACAGGUACAACAGGAUCGCCUCCCACGCCUGUCGAGGCGACAACCGCAGAACCGUCUAUCGGCAGCACGACAGAGUCUGAGCGCGCCUCAGCUGAUGUGACUCGUGCUGCUAAAGAAGAACAAACAGGAAGCACGACAGAGGCAACCUCACCAACAUUAACGACAUUGCAGGGAACACCAGCUACGCAACCCACUUCUACAAGAGCAGUGGCACAUGAGACAUCUAGCAUCACAGCUGCGAAAUCCAGCUCAAUGGUGACUGCCGCAGGUACAACAGGAUCGCGUACCACGCCUGUCGAAGCGACAAUCGCAGAACCGUCUAUCGGCAGUACGACAGAGGCAAAUUCUCCAACAUUAACUACAUCGGAGGCAACACCAGCUACGCAACCCACUUCUACAAGAGCAGUGGCAGAUGGGAUAUCUAGCGUCACAACGGCGAAAUCCAGCUCGAUGGUGACUGCGACAGAUAGAGCAGAAUCGCUUACCACACCUGUCGAAGCGACAACCGUAGAGCCGUCUGUCGGCAGAACGACAGACUCUGAGCGCGCCUCAGCUGAUACGACUCCUCCUACUGCAAAAGAAGAACAAACGGGAAGCACGAUAGAGGCAACCUCUCCAACAUUAACGACAUCGGAUGGAACACCAGCUACGCAACUCACUUCUACAAGAGCAGUGCCAGAUGAGACAUCUAGCGUCACAGCAGUGAAAUCCAGUUCAAUGGUGACUGCCGCAGGUAAAACAGGAUCGCCUACCACGCCUGUCGAAGCGACAACCGCCGAACCGUCUAUGGGCAGCACGACAGAGUCUGAGCGCGCCUCAGCUGAUGCGACUCCUGCUGCUAAAGAAGAACACACAGGAAGCACGACAGAGGCAACCUCUCCAACAUUAACGACAUCGCAGGGAACACCAGCUACGCAAGUCACUUCUACAAGAGCAGUGGCAGAUGAGACAUCUAGCGUCACAGCAGCGAAAUCCAGUUCAAUGGUGACUGCCGCAGGUAAAACAGGAUCGCCUACCACGCCUGUCGAAGCGACAACCGCCGAACCGUCUAUCGGCAGCACGACAGAGUCUGAGCGCGCCUCAGCUGAUACGACUCCUGCUGCUGCAAAAGAAGAACAAACGGGUAGCACGACAGAGGCAACCUCUCCAACAUUAACGACAUCGGAGGGAACACCAGCUACGCAACCCACUUUUCCAAGAGCAGUGGCAGAUGAGACAUCUGGCGUCACAGAGGCGAAAUCCAGCUCAGUGGUGACUGCCGCAGGUACAACAGGAUCGCAUAUCACGCCUGUCGAAGGGACAACCGCAGAACCGUCUAUCGGCAGCAUGACAGAGUCUGAGCGCACCUCUGCUGAUACGACUCCUCCUGCUGCAAAAGAACAAACAGGAAGCACAACAGAUGCAACCUCUCCAACAUUAACGACAUCGGAGCGAACACUAGCUACGCAGCCCACUUCUAGAACAGCAGUGGCAGAUGACACAUCUAGCGUCACAACGGCGAAAUCCAGCUCAAUUGUGACUGCGACAGGUACAACAGGAUCGCCUGCCACGCGUAUCGAAGUGACAACCGCAGAAGCGUCUAUCGGCAGCGCGACAGAGUCUGAGCGCGGUUCAGAGGCAACCUCUCCAAUAUUAACGACAUUGCAGGGAACACCAGCUACGCAACCCACUUCUACAAGAGCAGUGUCAGAUGAGACAUCUAGCGUCACAGCAGCGAAAUCCAGCUCAAUGGUGACUGCCGCAGGUACAACAGGAUCGCCUAUCACGCCUGUCGAAGGGAAAACCGCAGAACCGUCUAUCGGCAGCAUGACAGAGUCUGAGCGCACCUCUGCUGAUACGACUCCUGCUGCUGCAAAAGAACAAACAGGAAGCACGACAGAUGCAACCUCUCCAACAUUAAUGACAUCUGAGGGAACACCAGCUACGCAGCCCACUUCUAGAACAGCAGUGGCAGAUGACACAUCUAGCGUCACAACAGCGAAAUCCAGCUCAAUUGUGACUGCGACAGCUACCACAGGAUCGCCUACCACGCGUAUCGAAGUGACAACCGCAGAACCGUCCAUCGGCAGCGCGACAGAGUCUGAUCGCGGCUCAGCUGAUUCGACACCUGCCGCUGCAAAAGAACACACAGGAAGCACUACAGAGGCAACCUCUCCAACAUUAACGGCAUCGGAGGAAACACCAGCUACGCAACCCACUUCUACAAGAGCAGUGGCAGAUGAGACAUUUAGCAUCACAGCAGCGAAAUCCACCUCAAUGGUGACUUCCGCAGGUACAACAGGAUCGCCUAUCACGCCUGUCGAAGGGACAACCGCAGAACCGUCUAUCGGCAGCACGACGGAGUCUGGGCGCGCCUCUCCUGAUACGACUCCUGCUGCUGCAAAAGAACAAACAGGAAGCACGACAGAGGCAACCUCUCCAACAUUAACGACAUCGGAGGGAACACCAGCUACGCAACCCAGUUCUACGACCGCAGCGGCACAUGAGAUAUCUAGCAUCACAACGGCAAAAUCCAACUCAAUGGUGACUGCGACAGGUACAACAGGAUCGCCUACCACGCCUGUCGAAGCUACAACUGCAGAACCGUCUAUCGGCAGCACGACAGAGUCUGAUAGCGCCUCAGCUAAUACGACUCCUGCUGCUGCAAAGGAAGAACAAACAGGAAGCACGACAGAGGCAACUUCUCCAACACUAACGACACCGGAGGGAACACCAGCUACGCAAGCCACUUCUACAAGAACAGUGGCAGAUGAGACAUCUAGCGUCACAGCAGCGAAAUCCACCUCAAUGGUGACAGCAGCAGGUACAACAGGAUCGCCUAUCACGGCUGUCGAAGGAACAACCGCAGAACCGUCUAUCGGCAGCACGGCAGAGUCUGAUCGCACCUCUGCUGAUACGACUCCUGCUGCUGCCAAAGAACAAACAGGAAGGACGACAGAGGCAACCUCUCCAAGAUUAAGGACAUCGGAGGGAACAGCAGCUACGCAAUCCACUUCUAGAACUGCAGUGGCAGAUGAGACAUCUAGCGUCACAACGGGGAAAUCCAGCUCAAUGGUGACUGCGACAGGUACAACAGGAUCCCCUACCACGCGUAUCGAAGUGACAACCGCAGAACCGUCUAUCGGAAUCGCGACAGAGUCUGAGCGCGCCUCAGCUGAUACGACCCCUGCUGCUGCGAAAGAAGAACAAAUGGGUAGCACGACAGAGGCAACCUCUCCAACAUUAACGGCAUCGGAGGGACCACCAGCUACGCAACCCACUUUUCCAAGAGCAGUGCCAGAUGAGACAUCUAGCGUCACAGCGGCGAAAUCCAGAUCAAUGGUGACUGCCGCAGGUACUACAGGAUCGCCUAUCACGCCUCUCGAAGGGACAACCGCAGAACCGUCUAUCGGCAGCACGGCAGAGUCUGAGCGAACCUCUGCUGAUACGACUCCUGCUGCUGCAAAAGAACAAAUAGGAAGCUUAACAGAGGCAACCUCUCCAACAUUAACAACAUCGGAGGGAACACAAGCUACGCAACCCACUUCUACAACAGAGGUGGCAGAUGAGACAUUUGGUGUCACAACGGCGAAAUCCAGCUCAAUGGUGAAAUCGACAGGUACAACAGGAUCGCCUACCACGCCUAUCGAAACGACAACCGCAGAACCGUCUAUCGGCAGCACGACAGAGUCUGAGCGCGCCUCAGCUGAUACGACUCCUGCUACUGCAAGAGAAGAGCAAAGAGAAAACACGACAGAGGCAACCUCUCCAACAUUAACGACAUCGAAAGGAACACCAGCUACGCAACCCACUUCUACAAGAACAGUGGCAGAUGAGACAUCUAGCAUCACAGCAGCGAAAUCCACCUCAAUGGUAACUUCCGCAGGUACAACAGGAUCGCCUAUCACGCCUGCCGAAGGGACAACCGCAGAACCGUCUAUCGGCAGCACGACAGAGUCUGAGCGCGCCUCAGCUGAUACGACUCCUGCUACUGCAAGAGAAGAGCAAACAGGAAACACGACAGAGGCAACCUCUCCAACGUUAACGACAUCGAAAGGAACACCAACUACGCAACCCACUUGUACAAGAACAGUGGCAGAUGAGACAUCUAGCGUCACAGCAGCGAAAUCCACCUCAAUGGUGACUUCCGCAGGUACAACAGGAUCGCCUAUCACGCCUGUCGAAGGAAUAACCGCAGAACCGUCUAUCGGCAGCACGGCAGAGUCUGAGCGCACCUCUGCUGAUACGACUCCUGCUGCUGCCAAAGAACAAACAGAAAGGACGACAGAGGCAACCUCUCCAAGAUUAAGGACAUCGGAGAAAACAGCAGCUACUCAAUCCACUUCUAGAACUGCAGUGGUAGAUGAGACAUCUAGCGUCACAACGGCGAAAUCCAGCUCAAUGGUGACUGCGACAGGUACAACAGGAUCGCCUACCACGCGUAUCGAAGUGACAACCGCAGAACCGUCUAUCGGCUGCGCGACAGAGUCUGAGCGCGCCUCAGCUGAUACGACCCCUGCUGCUGCGAAAGAAGAACAAAUGGGUGGCACGACAGAGGCAACCUCUCCAACAUUAACGACAUCGGAGGGACCACCAUCUACGCAACCCAGUUUUCCAAGAGCAGUGCCAGACGAGACAUCUAGCGUCACAGCGGCGAAAUCCAGAUCAAUGGUGACUGCCGCAGGUACUACAGGAUCGCCUAUCACGCCUGUCGAAGGGACAACCGCAGAACUGUCUAUCCGCAGCACGGCAGAGUCUGAGCGAACCUCUGCUGAUACGACUCCUGCUGCUGCAAAAGAACAAACAGGAAGCACUACAGAGGCAACCUCUCCAACAUUAACGGCAUCGGAGGAAACACCAGCUACGCAACCCACUUCUACAAGAGCAGUGGCAGCUGAGACAUCUAGCGUCAAAAUGGCGGAACCCAGCUCAAUGGUGACUGCGACAGAUACAACAGUAUCGCGUACCACACCUAUCGAAGCGACAACCGUAGAGUCGUCUGUCGGCAGCACGACAGACUCUGAGCGUGCCUCAGGUGAUACGACUCCUGCUGCUGCAAAAGAAGAAGAAACGGGAAGCACGACAGAGGCAAGCUCUCCAACAUUAACGACAUCGCAGGGAACGCCAGCUACGCAACCCACUUCUACAAGAGCAGUGUCAGAUGAGACAUCUAGCGUCACAGCAGCGAAAUCCAGCUCAAUGGUGACUGCCGCAGGGAUAACAGGAUCGCCUACCACGUCUGUCGAAGCGACAACAGCACAACCGUCUAUCGGCAGCACGACAGAGUCUGAGCGCGCCUCAGCUGAUACGACUCCUGCUGCUGCAAAAGAAGAACAAACGGGAACGGGAAGCACGGCAGAGGCAACCUCUCCAACAUUAAUGACAUCGGAGGGAACACCAGAUACGCAACCCACUUCUAGAAGAGCAGUGGCAGAUGGGAUAUCUAGCGUCACAACGGCGAAAUCCAGCUCGAUGGUGACUGCGACAGAUAGAGCAGGAUCGCCUACCACACCUAUCGAAGCGACAACCGUAGAGCCGUCUAUUGGCAGCACGACAGACUCUGAGCGUGCCUCAGGUGAUACGACUCCUGCUGCUGCAAAAGAAGAAGAAACGGGAAGCACGACAGAGGCAACCUCUCCAACAUUAAUGACAUCGGAGGGAACACCAUCUACGCAACCCGCUUUUACAAGAUCAGUGGCAGAUGAGACAUCUAGCGUCACAACAGCGAAAUCAAGCUCAAUGGUGACUGCCACAGGUACAAGAGGAUCGCACACCACGCCUAUCGAAGCGACAACCGGAGAACCGUCUAGCGGCAGCACGACAGAGUCUGAGCGCGCCUCAGCUGAUACGACUCCUGCUGCUGCAAAAGAACAAAUAGGAAGCUUAACAGAGGCAACCUCUCCAACAUUAACAACAUCGGAGGGAACACAAGCUACGCAACCCACUUCUACAACAGAGGUGGCAGAUGAGACAUUUGGUGUCACAACGGCGAAAUCCAGCUCAAUGGUGACAUCGACAGGUACAACAGGAUCGCCUACCACGCCUAUCGAAACGACAACCGCAGAACCGUCUAUCGGCAGCACGACAGAGUCUGAGCGCGCCUCAGCUGAUACGACUCCUGCUACUGCAAGAGAAGAGCAAACAGAAAACACGACAGAGGCAACCUCUCCAACAUUAACGACAUCGAAAGGAACACCAGCUACGCAACCCACUUUUACAAGAACAGUGGCAGAUGAGACAUCUAGCAUCACAGCAGCGAAAUCCACCUUAAUGGUGACUUCCGCAGGUACAACAGGAUCGCCUAUCACGCCUGUCGAAGGGACAACCGCAGAACCGUCUAUCGGCAGCACGACGGAGUCUGGGCGCGCCUCUCCUGAUACGACUCCUGCUGCUGCAAAAGAACAAACAGGAAGCACGACAGAGGCAACCUCUCCAACAUUAACGACAUCGGAGGGAACACCAGCUACGCAACCCAGUUCUACGACCGCAGCGGCACAUGAGACAUCUAGCAUCACAACGGCGAAAUCCAACUCAAUGGUGACUGCGACAGGUACAACAGGAUCGCCUACCACGCCUGUCGAAGCGACAACUGCAGAACCGUCUAUCGGCAGCACGACAGAGUCUGAGCGCGCCUCAGCUGAUACGACUCCUGCUGCUGCAAAAGAAGAACAAACAGGAAGCACGACAGAGGCAACCUCUCCAACAUUAACGACGUCGGAGGGAGCACCAGCUACGCGACCCACUUCUACAAGAGCAGUGACAGAUGAGACAUCUAGCGUCACAGGAGCGAAAUCCAGCUCAGUGGUGACUGCCGCAGGUACAACAGGAUCGCCUACCACGCCUGUCGAAGCGACAACCGCCGAACCGUCUAUCGGCAGCACGACAGAGUCUGAGCGCGCCUCAGCUGAUACGACUCCUGCUGCUGCAAAAGAAGAACAAACGGGUAGCAGGACAAAGGCAACCUCUCCAAUAUUAACGACAUCGGAGAGAACACCAGCUACGCAACCCACUUUUCCAAGAGCAGUGCCAGAUGAGACAUCUAGCGUCACAGAGGCGAAAUCCAGCUCAGUGGUGACUGCCGCAGGUACAACAGGAUCGCAUAUCACGCCUGUCGAAGGGACAACCGCAGAACCGUCUAUCGGCAGCACGACAGAGUCUGAGCGCACCUCUGCUGAUACGACUCCUCCUGCUGCAAAAGAACAAACAGGAAGCGCAACAGAUGCAACCUCUCCAACAUUAACGACAUCGGAGGGAACACUAGCUACGCAGCCCACUUCUAGAACAGCAGUGGUAGAUGACACAUCUUGCGUCACAACGGCGAACUCCAGCUCAAUUGUGACUGCGACAGGUACAACAGGAUCGCCUACCACGCGUAUGGAAGUGACAACCGCAGAACCGUCUAUCGGCAGCGCGACAGAGUCUGAUCGCGGCUCAGCUGAUUCGACACCUGCCGCUGCAAAAGAAGACACAGGAAGCACUACAGAGGCAACCUCUCGAACAUUAACGGCAUCGGAGGAAACACCAGCUACGCAACCCACUUCUACAAGAGCAGUGGCAGAUGAGACAUCUAGCGUCACAACGGCGGAACCCAGCUCAAUGGUGACUCCGACAGGUACAACAGGAUCGCCUACCACGCCUGUCGAAGCGACAAUCGCAGAACCGUCUAUCGGCAGCACGACAGAGCCUGAUCGCGCCUCAGCUGAUACGACUCCUGCUGCUGCAAAAGAAGAACAAACACGAAGCACGACAGAGGCAACUUCUCCAACACUAACGACACCGGAGGGAACACCAGCUACGCAAGCCACUUCUACAAGAACAGUGGCAGAUGAGACAUCUAGCGUCACAGCAGCGAAAUCCACCUCAAUGGUGACAGCCGCAGGUACAACAGGAUCGCCUAUCACGCCUGUCGAAGGAACAACCGCAGAACCGUCUAUCGGCAGCACGGCAGAGUCUGAGCGCACCUCUGCUGAUACGACUCCUGCUGCUGCAAAAGAACAAACAGGAAGCACGACAGAUGCAACCUCUCCAACAUUAACGACAUCGGAGGGAACACCAGCUACGCAGUCCACUUCUAGAACAGCAGUGGCAGAUGACACAUCUAGCGUCACAACGGCGAAAUCCAGCUCAAUGGUGACUGCCGCAGGUACAACAGGAUCGCCUACCACGCGUAUCGAAGUGACAACCGUAGAGCCGUCUAUCGGCAGCACGACAGAGUCUGAGCGCGCCUCAGCUGAUACGACUCCUGCUGCUGCAAAAGAAGAACAAAUGGGAAGCACGGCAGAGGCAACCUCUCCAACAUUAAUGACAUCGGAGGGAACACCAGCUACGCAACCCACUUCUAGAAGAGCAGUGGCAGAUGGGAUAUCUAGCGUCACAACGGCGAAAUCCAGCUCGAUGGUGACUGCGACAGAUAGAGCAGGAUCGCCUACCACACCUAUCGAAGCGACAACCGUAGAGCCGUCUAUCGGCAGCACGACAGACUCUGAGCGUGCCUCAGGUGAUACGACUCCUGCUGGUGCAAAAGAAGAAGAAACGGGAAGCACGACAGAGGCAACCUCUCCAACAUUAAUGACAUCGGAGGGAACACCAGAUACGCAACCCACUUCUAGAAGAGCAGUGGCAGAUGGGAUAUCUAGCGUCACAACGGCGAAAUCCAGCUCGAUGGUGACUGCGACAGAUAGAGCAGGAUCGCCUACCACACCUAUCGAAGCGACAACCGUAGAGCCGUCUAUUGGCAGCACGACAGACUCUGAGCGUGCCUCAGGUGAUACGACUCCUGCUGCUGCAAAAGAAGAAGAAACGGGAAGCACGACAGAGGCAACCUCUCCAACAUUAAUGACAUCGGAGGGAACACCAUCUACGCAACCCGCUUUUACAAGAGCAGUGGCAGAUGAGACAUCUAGCGUGACAACAGCGAAAUCAAGCUCAAUGGUGACUGCCACAGGUACAACAGGAUCGCACACCACGCCUAUCGAAGCGACAACCGGAGAAUCGUCUAGCGGCAGUACGACAGAGUCUGAGCGCGCCUCAGCUGAUACGGUUCCUGCUGCUAAAGAAGAACAAACAGGAAGCACGACAGAGGACACCUCUGCAACAAUAACGACAUCGGAGGGAACGCCAGCUACGCAAACCACUUCUACAAGAGCAGUGUCAGAUGAGACAUCUAGCGUCACAGCAGCGAAAUCCAGCUCAAUGGUGACUGCCGCAGGUACAACAGGAUCACCUACCACGCCUGUUGAAGUGACAACAGCAGAACCGUCUAUCGGCAGCACGACAGAGUCUGAGCGCUCCUCAGCUGAUACGACUCCUGCUACUGCAAGAGAAGAGCAAACAGGAAACACGACAGAGGCAACCUCUCCAACAUUAACGACAUCGGAGGGAACACCAGCUACGCAACCCACUUCUACAAGAACAGUGGCAGAUGAGACAUCUAGCAUCACAGCAGCGAAAUCCACCUCAAUGGUGACUUCCGCAGGAACAACAGGAUCGCCUAUCACGCCUGUCGAAGGGACACCCGCGGAACCGUCUAUCGGCAGCACGACGGAGUCUGAGCGUGCCUCUCCUGAUACGACUCCUGCUGCUGCAAAAGAACAAAGAGGAAGCACGACAGAGGCAACCUCUUCAACAUUAACGACAUCGCAGGGAACACCAGCUGCGCAACCCACUUCUACAAGAGCAGUGGCAGAUGCGACAUCUAGCGUCACAACAGCGAAAUCCAGCUCAAUGGUGGUUGCGACAGGUAGAAUAGGAUCGGCUACCACGCCUAUCGAAGCGACAACCUCAGAAGCGUCUAUCGGCAGCACGACAGGGUCUGAGCGUGCCUCAGCUGAUACAAGCACCACAGAGACAGCCUAUCCAACAGAAACGACAUCGCGUGGUGCACCAGCUACUCAUCCUUCAUACACAAGUGCUGUGACACAGGAGAUGGAUAGCGUUUCCACGGCAAAAUCCAGCUCAAUGGUGACUGAGACGGCUACAGCAGGAACGCCAACCACGCCUAUCGAUGCGACAAGCGCUGAACCAGCCAUCAGCUGCUCGACAGAGCCAAACCCUCUAAAUGGAACGACAUCGCGGGAUACACCAUCUACUCGACGAACUGCUACAAGACCAGUGUCAGAUGAGAUGUCAAGCGUUACAACGGCGAAAUCUCUCUCAAUGGUGACUGCAACAGCUGGAGUAGGAUCGCCAACCACGCCUAUUAGAGCAAGAACCCCAGAACCGGCCAUCAGCAGCAUGACAGUCCCUGAGCACGGGUCAGCUGAUACAACUCCUGCUUUUGCAAAAGAAGAAACAACAAGCACGGCAGAGGCUACCUCUCCAACAGAAACGGCAUCGCGAGGUUCACCAGCUACUCAGCCGACUUCUACAGGUGCAGCGACAGAACAGACAUCUAGCGUUACAUCUUCAACAAGUAUAAGACAAUCACCGACCAAGUCUGCCACGACAACUGUACAAUCAAGGGGAACUCAAGUCCACCCAGGAGUCAUGAAACCAACCGAGGGACGCGGCUGCACCUUGACGGCGUGUAGAAAUGGCGGAACGUGCAUAACAACAUUAGAGGAUGAGUACCGAUGCGCGUGUCCCGAAGGUGUGAGUGGUGCCGUUUGUGAGAAGGUGGAUGGCUGCAUUAGAAUGAACAAUGCAUCAAAGUCUGCUGGGGAAGAAUGUCUCCUAGCCGGAGCAAGGUGCCAAACCUUAGAUGAGCAGGGUUCGUUCCAGUGCCUGUGCAAGGGCAGACGCUCCUUCGAUGCUUUGCAGAAUCAAUGCGUGGAACUGGAUCCUUGUUUAUUUGAAGCCGCAUGUGAGGGCCUCGGCGAAAUCUGCAAAAACGGCCGUUGCGAAUGUGAAACUGGCUUCUACAACACUACAAACGGGUGUCAAGCCAUAUGUACAGCAGCUGAGAAGGAUGCCUGCUCCAAAAGAGGUGCCGUCUGUGCCAAAAACAAUGCUUCGGAGAGGAUAUGUGUUUGCAGUCACGGCAUGACGAUGAACAACAAGAUGUAUUGCGCCAAUCCUUGUGAGACCAGUGAUCACAGCUGCCACCAAUUUGGAGCAAAGUGUGCGUCUGUGUCAGGAAACAACUCUACAACAUGUGAAUGUCCGGCCGCUUACAAGGCCUUCAACGGAGGACAUUGCGAGCUUGCCGAUGUAUCGUACACGAUGAUACUGCCCAUCUACAACGGAGGAGCGCAAACCAAACCGAGACGAAAGCGCCGUUCUGUUGACGACGUUGAAGGCCCGCAGCUUAUUGAAGACAUCACAGGUUCGAUCUUGGCAACAUAUGGGAAACGCCUGGAAUCCGUUUCGAUCCUGUCGUGCUCAAGAACGCAGAAUGACAUCACCUCUUGCACCAUAACGCUCAGCUUCAAAAAAGAAAUUGUUCCGGAAACGGAAGUGAAGAGACUUUUCACAACCUGCGUCGCUGCAGAUGACGAUGCGUAUUGUGUCCUCUUCAACGUGAAGCUGUCCACUGAACGAAUAAGUGAAAUUCUCUUGGAAGAAGUGGAAUAUUGCGAUCAACUUCAUGCAGCCCAAACUUGUUUGCCAUGGAAACACACGGAAUGCGGGCCGUCGUGGAAUACAUCGUUCGUGUGUUCUUGCCAAAAGGAGUACAAAGCCGUGCGACGGCGCUUUUCCACAAAUGGAAAGGCUGUGUAUGAGGACUGCGAACAUGUUUGCGCCCACCAGCAGUGUGGACCACACGGUACUUGCUUACCCUACGAGGAUCACGGAUUCAAAUGCGAAUGUCAGGUUGGAUAUUCGGGGCUGUUAUGCGAUGACGGCGGUUAUCGGACGCACAUUACUGCAUCGAUUACCGUUGGCAUCGUUGCACUAGUCCUCAUAGUCGGCCUUGUGACGUUCCUUGGAGUUCUUUGUUACAGGCGAAGACGAAAAGAGCGCCGAGGAGAGCAACUGCAGACGCAUUGCUAACAGUUUUCAUGGAUGCGCGUGUCGCCAGACCUCGCAGAAUUAUUGGCCGAUGAUGCUGUUUAAGUGUGAAACGAGAGACGCGGCUGCGGAGAAGACGACAACGACACUGUGCAACAGGCCUUACUCGCAGCCCCAGCCUUGACUGACAUGUGUGUUCAAGACGAAAGGACUAGAUUGGAGCACUACUUGACUAUCAACUGCUCCCCAAAGCGAGAUUUUAAUAAAUGCUAAUGUGA